AUGGCUGGAGAAAGGACAAUGUUCCAAUGGCCGGCUAUGCAGAAGGGGAUGUUGCAGUCACUCAUGCCGCCCCUCUUGAAGUGGGGCUGCGAAAUCGUCUGGCGCCUUUACUGGUACAGGAACAUACCCUGGAAGCCGUUCAGCUACGACGCUAUGGCUGCCAUGGGUGGUGUUCUGAGCUUGGAAGUGCUGAAUGAUUUCACCGACUACAAUUUGGCGCUCUACGAGCCGCAGAACUUUUGGAUGCAGCGUGCCAUUGCAGGACAUUCGUUUGUGGGCAGCAUCAACCAGAUGGAGACUUGGUACAUGUACGCCAUGGCCAGCGUGGAUGAGGAGGGUUUGCCUUGGUCCGAUGGACGCCCGUGGAAUGUGCAAUAUGUCAGGAAACCACCAUCCAUGGAGCGAGAACCCAUGCAGAUGGUGCCGUAUGGGGGCGAAGACUUGCCGCACCCCAACGCCACCAUUCCAUCAGCCAAAGGCCUCCGGCUGUGCAAUGGCUGGUUUCCACACAACGGCACGGUCCUGGAUUCCGCGCAUGGCUGGGAAGCGGACUCGUACAAAUGCAGUGGUGCAGAGGGCCAGUCAAAGGUAGUGGUCAAAGCGAACCAUUCUUACAAUAUCAGCACUGGUCCCACCAGACUACGCAACCUGCAUUUCCAAGGCAAGACCAAGGUCCAGGCGAAGGAGCGGUUUCGACCUUUGAUGCCCUGGCUGCGAAUACCAACCACUACGACAACGACCACUGCAAGCACAACCACCACCACUACGACAACAGCCACCACAAGCACAACCACCACCACUACAACAACCACCACCGCGAGCACAGCCACCACCAGUGAGAGCACUCCUAGCACAACAGCGACCAAUCCCAGAAUCUCAUUUGCCAUCAACCACCCUGUUUUUGGACAUGAUAUUCCCGUGGUCUAUGCAUUCUUCCGUGCCGACAUCAAGAAAGAUGCUGGCGGUCGCACGGUGUGGGACUCCAAUACAUCCCUGGAAUUUCCUGAGUAUUUCUUCUGGACUUUGGGCGCAAGCUUGUUGCAUGCACCUGCAGUGGUGCUCUUGACGGAUCCUGCUGCUUCGCAAAGCCUGCGAGACCGCUUUCCGGCCAGCUUGAUGUCGCGCUUGCAUGUUUAUGACUACCUGCGCUUUUGCGACGAGAAGGUGUGGAAGCUGAAGCAUGUCUAUGACAAGCACAUCCGGGAAGUAUGGGGAAAGAAGGAGCCCUUCGAAAAGAUGAACGUGAUCAACUUCUUCGUGCUGCGCUCAUGGCUGGAACAGGAGGGGGUGCCCAUGGCCUCCUACGCGGAGGCGGAUGUGGCCAUCCUGGUGCCGCCAUAUCUGCGGCAGGGGUGCCAAGGCGAGAUCGCUUGGAGAACGCGGUGGGAUAAGAACAAGGAGUGGCAGCCUUUUGGCUAUGAUGCUAUGGCUGUCUUGGGUGGAGUGCUGAGCUUGGAGGUGAUGAAUGAUUUCACAGACUUCAACCUCGCACUCUAUGAGAAAGCGAACUUCUGGCUUCAGCGCGCAAUUGCAAAGCAUUCAAUUGUAGGCAGCAUAAACCAGAUGGAGACGUGGUAUAUGUACGCCAUGGCCAGCUUGGACGAGGAGGGCUUGCCUUGGUCCGACGGCCAGCCGUGGAAGGUGCAAUAUGUUAGGAAGCCACCGUCCAUGGAGCGAGAGCCCAUGCAGAUGGUGCCGUUUAAAGAUGAAUUCCGAGAAUUGCCGCAUCCAAAUGUGACCCUUCCGCAGACACAGCGCCUUCGACUUUGCAAUGCUUGGUUCCCACACGAUGGGUUUGCUCUGGAUGCCGCCCAUGGUUGGUCGGCAAACCCCUGGGUAAGCUGCGGGGCCGUCGGCAACUCCAGAACGAUACUUGACCAGGUGAAUUCCAAGUUCACCAUCAUGACUGGGAACACCACCCUGCGAAACCUCCACUUCCAAGGGCAGUCGAAGAAUCAAGCAAUGAAGAUCUUUGAGAAGUUGAUGCCGUGGCUGAAGAAGAGGGCACUCCGGCGACAGUUGGGGUUGUUUUGA